AGAUUAGUGCGGUAAACUCGGAGUUUCAUCAGUAUCGUAAGAACUUUGGUACUGUACGGAGUUAUCUAGUGAAAGUCUUGAGAGAUACAAAUAUAUUUUGUAUAGUCGUCAACUUAUAAAAUUGUCACUCAGAAGGAAACCAGAAAUCAAGAUAACAUGAACACGGUACAGCCGCUCCAAGCAAAUGAAACGAUAAAAGAAUUUACGAUGAACAAUAAGGAUAUAGCCAGUGAAGAUUCCUAUUAUCCGAGUAACGAAACUGGUUUAGAUGGACCUGAUCAAAUUUUGCCCGCUGAUAGUUUCACGACUACAAAAAUAGAUGGACGUGUACGAAUACAAUUAAAUAACGAAGAUUUUAAACCUAUAUCAGUUCCUGGAUUUUUGUCAAAUACAGUUAGAAAAUAUCCUAAUCAUAUCGCUCUAACAGCAACACCUGAUGAAACUGGUCACAGAAAAACAUAUACUUUUAAAGAGUAUGAAAAUCAAGUAAAAAUCGUGGCCAAAGCUUUCCUAAAAUUCGGUUUAGAACGAUACCAUGGGGUUUGCAUUAUAGGAUUCAAUAGCCCGGAAUGGUUGUUCUCAAAUCUCGGCGCUAUAUACGCAGGAGGAAUUGCUGUCGGAAUAUAUACAACCAAUACUCCAGAUGCAUGUCAACAUUGCCUUCAAACUAGCCAGGCGAACAUAGUAGUAGUCGAAGAUUCAAACCAAUUGGAAAAAAUAUUACAAAUAAGACACAAUCUUCCUCAUUUAAAAGCAAUUAUUCAAUACACUGGCACACCGAACGAAAAGGACGUUUUAAGUUGGAAUGAUUUAAUAAAAGUCGGAGAAGCAGAAUCUGAUGACAAAUUAAACGAAGUUCUGAAAAGAAUUGCAACGAACGAAUGCUGUACUUUGGUUUUCACGUCAGGUACAGUUGGGUAUCCGAAGGCUGUAAUGUUAAGUCAUGACAAUCUUAUACAUAAUGUUCGAUCUAUGAAUAGAAUUUAUAAAUUUAAAACCGGUUGUGAACAUGUAAUCUCUUAUUUACCUUUAUCUCACGUUGCAGCACAGGUAAUCGAUAUAUAUUACAGCAUAUAUGUAGUUGCUACGUUACAUUUUGCGGACAAAAACGCUCUUAAAGGCAGUUUAAUUAAUACUUUACUUGAGGUACGACCUACCAUGUUUGUAGGUGUACCAAGAGUAUGGGAGAAAAUAUACUCUAAACUGCAAAGUGAAAUUAAUACUGGAUUUAUUAAAACAUGUAUUGUUUCUUGGGCAACAUCUCAAGGAUAUCAUUAUAAUGUAAAUAAAAUGAAUGGUAACGAUCACAAACAUUGGGGCUAUAUCUUUGCCAAAUGGCUAAUUUUUAACAAAAUAAAAACAGCACUUGGUUUGGAUAGAUGUCAUCAUUACAUUACUGCAGCUGCCCCCUUAAGUACACAAAUCAAAGAAUAUUUUUUAAGUUUAGACAUCCCUAUACUUGAAGUGUAUGGAAUGUCUGAAUGUAGCGGUGGACACGUUUUAAAUUCACCUGAUCAUUUCAAAUUAGGUUCUAUUGGUUGUACUAUUCCUGGACUUAAGACAAAAUUAGAUAAACCAGACAGCAAUGGUGAAGGAGAAAUUUGUAUGUAUGGAAGACACGUAUUUAUGGGAUAUCUAAAUGAACCUGAAAAAACAAAGGAAACAUUAGAUGGAGAGGGAUGGUUACACAGCGGUGAUCUAGGGAAAAUUGAUUCAAAUGGAUUUUUACAUAUUACAGGAAGAAUAAAAGAAUUAAUUAUUACUGCUGGUGGAGAAAAUAUACCACCAAUUCAUAUAGAAGAGCUAGUAUUAGCUGAAUUGCCUGUGUUAAGCAAUGCUUUAUUGAUUGGAGACAAACGAAAAUAUCUUACCAUAUUAGUUACUUUAAAGACUAAAAUUAAUACUGAAACUGGUGAACCAAUAGAUGACUUCACUGAAGAAACUUUAAAAUGGUUACAAUCUAUUGGAAGUACAUCAAAAACAAUUUCUGAUGUUUUAAAAACACAUGAUCCUCUUGUAUAUGAAGAAAUUGAUAAAGCAAUUAAAAGAGCCAAUACGAAAUCUAUAAGUAAUGCACAAAGAGUACAGAAGUUCCAAAUUUUACCAAAGGAUUUCUCACAUGCCACUGGAGAAUUGGGACCAACGCUUAAACUUAAAAGGAAUGUUGUUUAUAAAAAAUAUGAAAAUUUGAUAGAAGAUAUGUAUAAGUAAAUAUUUAAAAGGGUCCUAUUUAUUACUUAAGGGAAGGAAAAAAGAAAAAACAUUUCUAAAAUAAAUACAGAAGUUACGGAAGUUAAAAUAUGCCUACAUAAAGUGCUUUAAUACUUAAAUUAAUUAUGAAAUUACACAAUUUAUAAAAUUUUAAUGUAAUAUUCUCACUACUAAUUUACAUGUUACUUGAAUUAAUCUUAAUUACUAAAUAUUUUAAACAAAAUUUAAUUUUAGAACUUCCAUAAGAUACUUAUUCUCUUAUAACAACUAUAAAGAAAGUAGACGCAAAUUAUUUUUUUGAAAUUUGGUAUAAAACAUUUUGUGAUUUAGUAAAACUAAAUUAUUGCUUAUCAAUAUAUUUGUCUCUGUGACAAUAAAAUUUACUCUAAUUGUUUUUUGAUAUUCCAUUAAAAACUGGAUAGAUAAAAGUGACUAAAAAUAAAAUAAGUGCCUAUUUCAUAUUACUGUAAAUAAUAAUUUUUAGAUCAAAUUAUAUUCAUAUAUUUAAAUACAUAUGAGUAUAUGAGUAUAUAUAUGGUAUGUGGGUAUUGAAUAUAUGUA